AUGGCGUUUCAUUUGAAUUCAUCUUAUUUUCCAUUAUUUAACUUACCUGACGAAUUAAUCUAUUGUAUAUUUGGCUUUGUCCAUGGAUGUGAUUUAGCCAGACUUUGCAGGGUUUGCUCGAGAUUAAAUCAUUUUAUUGCACAAGAUCAGCUAGUAUGGAAAGAAGCAAUCAAUUCUGAGUUGAGUGGAAAACCGCUCUUGCUAAGCCAUGAAAACUAUAAAGAUUUCUAUAAGAGAGCUUAUUUAGGAUUAUAUCGAAGUGUAGCCGACAUGGUCAAGCAACGAUUAAUGCAAAAAUUGGAUCGUGAAGCUGAAACGGAUGCCGAUUGCUGUGCCAGAUAUAUUAUUGAAAAGAAAUAUUCAUAUGGACAUUACCUAAAGGAACAAGGUACACAACGAAAUAACAGAUCGAAAGCGGAAGAUUCCAAUCAACAAGCUCAUUUAUGCUUUUAUUUAUGUACUGCGGCUAAACAUAGUUAUGAAGUUUGGGCCGAUAAAUUAUGCCAACAAGGAGCUAAAUUAUGUGGAAUCACUUUUAUGCCUGAAGCUUUAGAUCUACUUGAAGACUUAUUUAUUUGUCCAUUGUAUUUUGCUACACGUGAAAAUAAUGUUGCCAUGGUUAAAAAAAUUAUUGAAUUAGGAAUUGUUUAUCAACCUCAAAAUCCGCAAUAUAUAUUGCAUGUUGAUGAUGCCACUAGCUCCAAAGUAUCAUCCAUUUACUCAACCAUACAAGCAAUCAUUUGCAAAGUAUUGAUAUGUAUUCGUCAUGAUCCUCACUUAUUACAGCCGUUUUUAAAUUCCUUGAAAUUACCUCCAAUUCAUCAGGCUGCAAUCUAUGGUAAUAUCGACGAAUUAAAUCGACUUAUAAAGGAGGAACAUGCCGAUCUUGACAUGAUGGACAAUUACAAUAUGACUCCUUUAAUGUACUCCAUACUAAUUAGUCGCGAACAUAUUGUGCGCUACAUUUACAGGUCGCAAAUGGAUAUCUUAAUUGGUUACCCUUUAGCCGAUUCUAUCAGCGCCGCAUUAGGAGGUAUUGAAUAUAAAGUGCUACAAAUUAUACGACAACAUGACUAUGAGUGUUAUGAAGCUGUUAUAUUUGAAGCAUUUGGAGAUGAAAGAUUUUUUACUAACUCUAGUAAUAGAGAAGUAUUGCAAUUCAUUUUAGCUGAUUUAACUAAUCAAGAGACGUUUUAUGCAGCUUGUCAGAGUGCAAUUUCCUCUCGAAAUGGUCGUCUUAUUCAUCAAUUAAUAUCAGAUUUGCCAACACUAUUACAGUUAUACGCGAAUUCAAGCGAUGAUGUUCAAGGCUUAUUACAACAAAUUACAUUUGCAAGAAAGAAGGUCAUUACUGAGCAUGGUAAAGAGUUAGUCUUAGAUGCCGCACAAUUUGGACAAGGCAAUUGCAUUCGAGAAUUAGUUGUACAGGGUGUUCAACCAAAUAUGCAUUGCGUACGAGAAAUGUUAUAUCUAGGUAUAGGUAUUGAGUUACCCAGCCAUUUUGCUAUUGCUAGUAAUACUAAAUACAAACAGUUUCAUCAGUUUCUACUACAAUUAAGUGGCCAAGAUUUCGACACAAAUGCUGUUGUUAAAACAUUACAAUUUUAUACGUUUGCAAAAGCAAUUGCAGAUCUACCUACGUAUCAGACCAUGAAAGAAACUAUCAAUCGCAUAAUAACCGAAAUAAUGUGUCGCACUAUGCACAGUGAUUGGUACCAGCCAAUGUUCAUUGAUAAUCGGCUACAGAAAAGGGUGGACGAAAUUAGUUGCACACUAUUACAGAAUUUAAUGUCUCUCAAUAAGAAAUAUGAUAUCAAUGCUCGUGAUAGAAGUUAUGGUCUGCGUAAAGAAACUGCUUUGCAUGUUGCAUCUAGACUUGGAAAUCCUGCUUGGGUACAAUUAUUCUUACAGGCUGGUGCAGAUAGGCAAAUUGAAGAUCGCUUCCUAGAAAAGCCAAUCAAUUGCGUCCGUAAAUCUGCUAAAGAAUGUAAAUACUUACUACAAAAUUAUCAUUCGUGCUCAUUACCAUCGAAACCAAAAUAUUCCCCACCUGUGUAUGAUUAA